CGCGGCAGGCUGCUCACGCUAGCAAGUCUAUGGCUACGGCGGGGACAAAACCUGUACCCAUGAAGUUAUUUGCUUCAUGGGAGGUCGACAGGACGUCGCACAAUUGUAUUCCAAGGUUAUGCAGUCUGAGGCUGACAAGAUUGAUGGUUCUGAGAGCCUUGGAGAGUGAUUUGAAUUCAGUCGUCAUCGCUGUUAAAAUGCAGAGCAUGAAGAGGACUCUUCGAUCCAACGAGAUUUUUAUACCCCAGAGUGGACUCCUAGAUACCGAACUCGAUCUGGCAUUCUCACUACAGUAUCCCCAUUUUUUGAAGAGGGAAGGAAAUAAAUUACAAAUAAUGUUGCAGAGAAGAAAGAAAUAUAAGAACCGAACAAUACUAGGAUUUAAAACGUUGGCUAGUGGACUAGUUAGCAUGUCACAGGUGCUUCAGAAAUCUGUGGACAAUGAGCUGAAUUUAUAUAGUAACAGUAAAGACGGCCGAGUACACGUUGCGCAAGUGGUGGUGUGGGGGUUGACUAGCCAACCAGUGGACCAAGAUGAUCAAAUUAGGCGUAAACGAAGAGGACAUGAUCGUUCUCCUGAUGUUUAUAAUUAUAGCGAUGACGAUGAUGAAUCAUUUAGUUCGGACCAAGAAGGCAGCGAUAGUGGCGAUCUUAUUGCAGACAAGGGAGCUGUCUCAGCGUAUCUCGCUGGUUUGACCGAAGAUGACCCGUAUAUUAUCAAGGAUCUCCUGGGUGAAGAAGAACAAGAGAGAACCGGAAAACCAACUCGAGGUAAACUUAGAGCCAGUAGCAGGCAAAGAAAUUUUAAACAAAAGUUCAUAGCAUUAUUAAAGAAAUUUAAAGUGGCUGAAGAAGUUGAAGUUGAACCUGAUUUAUACGUCGAUCAAGAUCAGCCAGUCGUAGACGAUGAUUUUGAUGAUGACAUUGAUGAUUUGAACGUGAGCGAUAGUGGUCCUGAUAUGGACGAUAACUUGAGUAUAGAAUCAACACCAAAGCCUGUUCUGAGGCCCUUCUUUGGAAGUACCCACGGUAUUUCAACAUCCAAUCUGCAGUUAGAAGAGCGGGAACUGUCAAACAGCAAUAGUAUAAUUAGCGAUGAAAAUGAUGAUUUUGCCCACCAGAGAGAGGAAUGCCUCGAAGAUGAGAUCAGUAUUGCGUCGCUAGUGAACAGUCCCAGCAAAGACAACACAAACACAAGACCAGCAACACCACCAAGCAGAACCAACUUUAUAAGAGACAGAAGUAUCUCUUUACGUGAGAAGAGUACAAUAUCAAAAGAUAUCCGAGCGUUACAGAGGCGGAACAGUGCAGGUCAUGCUGAUAAUAAGCAGCCGAGACGAUCGUUACCAGAUCAGCUGAGCAAUGUCUGGUCAUUAGAAGACCAGAUACCAGACAACAUCAUAUUAAUGAACACUGCCGAGUGGCAGGGACAGCUACUGUCACAAGCCCUGGAAGAAGACCAGCAUAGAGUCGUGUGUACAUGUUGCAGUGCAGACGUGCAGGCCACGUUUGCUUUUAUCGUCAACAGAAUACAGAAAUUAAACAAUGGCCCCAAGACCAAGCGGAUCACAAGUUGCAACAGCAAUUCGGCAAAUCCACCGCCACUGAAACUUGCCGUGGCUGGAAACGACGCAUAUGUUAACAAUGUACUCCGGCCGUAUGUGGAGCAAUUUUCGGCCAAAUCACCUGAUUGGCAGAACUAUAUUAGAUUUCUUAUAAUACCACUAGGUGCCAAUAGUCUUGCCAAAUAUCUUGCAUCAAUAGACCCUAAAUAUAAUGCUUUAUUUAUGGAUUCUGUAUGGAGAGAUUCAUUUGAGAAAACGGAUAAAGAAAAUACAGAUUAUAAUGAACUAGUUCUGCGAGUGGAUACAUAUCUAAACAAUGCAUCUAAUGUCUUCUCACUGCCAAUCGCAGAAGCUAUGGUCAAUUAUAGAAGUAAUUCGGAGGAAGACUCAGUCCAAAAAUUUGUGCCAUUUAUUAAUGAUGUCAGAGCUGGAUCUUUAGAAACACACUCUUUGUCAGGGGAUUGGGAAGAAGCUGGAAUUCAAAUUUCAAAUGCAUUAUCAUCAAGUCCACCUAAUGCUGCUGCUAUCAGUGCUGUCGGUGUUGCUGGGAGCAGCGUUGGAACAGCAGUCAAAGAGUCAAAUACACCGCCACCAAGUCCUGCCAUUAACAUAGUUUCACCGCAGCAAUCCAGCCCAGCGUCAUCCCCGAGCACUGGUCAUAUUCUUGGUGAACUAAUGGACUUACAAGUAGAGUACUGGACCAGCACAAUUCCCAGCAGUAGCAGUGGAAUUGCUGGUGGUAGCGGUGGUAGCGGGGGUGGGAAAUUCAAGGACAGUGCAAUGAAAUCGUCGUUAAAGACCGCUUUCCGAUCCCUUAGUGUGUGCCGAUUACCAAGUGCAGGGGACUCUACUCUGACAUCGACGUUGUCCAUGGGGAUUGUCAUCAAAGAGAAAAACAAGAAAAUCAUGCGUAUUGGUAAGAAACAGAAAGAAGCCGAACCCAAAAGUCAGAUCGUUGAAGGAAUAAAUCGUCUUAUAUGUAUGUGUAAAAAUCACACAAAUCCUCUUACUGUGAGCAUAGAUGGCGUUGAUUGGCCGAGCGUUAAGUUUUUCCAGAUAUCAGCACAGUGGUCAACCCACAUGAGACAUUUCCCUGUUUUGAUGUUCGCGUACAGCGAGGCACCGCACUGAAAGAAUAAACAUUGAGAAUCAUCAAACGAAUGUCUUCCUUGUGAGCAAAAAAAAAAAAAAGGUGCUGUGAAAUGGACCAGUCAGUGCAUAUGGUUGCUAAGCAACGUGGCUUGGUGGUUCAUGCGACAAGAGUGAUAACCAUGGUGGACCUAUUGCUGUGUUUAAAUCAGUACUGCCCAUGGCUCAAUGUAAGUUAUUUGGGAGCAAUGCAGUGGAUAUUACUGAUGUAUCAGUAUUAAAUGAACAAGACUAAAGUAUUAGGAUUGAGUAUCCACCAUCUGAAAAUUAUUUUUACUUGUGAAAUUUCUGUUAUUUAUUCAGCUUGUUUUUUUUUUACUCCUGUUAUUGUUCUUUAUUAUUUU